UCAGGCCAUGGGUCUGCCGAAAGACAUGAGGGUCUUCGGUUUCGGUUUGAGCCUGGAGAGGCCAACCAUGAUUAAAUACGGCAUCUCGAACAUUCGCGAGUUGCUCGGCCACGGUGUUGAUCUCAACUUCAUCCAGAAGAAUCCAGCGGUACGAUUGGACAAGGACUAGAAUAGACGGAGGACAUCGUCAGAGAGUGCAUUUUUUUGAGAAUACCACAUACCUUACAUAUCCCCGGAACAGCCGCGUUGUGCAAAGCCGAAGGGCGCAAGAGCGACCGAUUGUGGCUGCGCGGAGAUGUGACGUUCUCGGAGGAGCAAGGCCAAGCCUCGGCCUUCGGCGCUGGAGAAGACCGCGGCAUUCCCGGUCACAGAAUGCUACCCUCCGGCAACCAUAUCCGGUCCUGCGGUGAAGAGUC